AUGGCCAAGUCCGCCAGACGUGGAGGCGGCAAGGGCAAAGCGCCCGUCACAUCGUCCGGUUCUUCCUCCGGAGCGUCGACCCCCAGCUCUCAGGCUGGGCCGAUCCCGCCGUUUACCGGCGCGCCGUCUGCGCUGCAGCCCUUCCUGGAGCUUCUCUCCCCCAAUGAAGUCUACCUCGUCCACCUGGACACCUCGUCGCGCGACCUCAAGCGACAAACCUACGUAGCACCGGCGGCAAUCAACGUCGUCAUCGCCGUGUUGCUCGCACUGCGACUCUACAUGGUCCGAAACGUCUACCCGGCCCUGUUGGCGACGCUGGUCGGGCUGACCAGCUCGAUGACGGUGGACGCAUCGCUGAUGUCGUGGAGUGAGAUGGCGAAAGUCAUCCUGCGCCGCACCGGCACCAUCAUGCUCGACUACUUCCUCGUGACCGUGUUCCUCCCAUGGCCCAUCCGCUUCUUCAAGGGCCCGACCAAAUGGCGCCGCAAGAUCGGCUUCCGCGACACCGAGAUCAUCGUGCGACGCAGCCAGCCGAGCCUGAGCCAGGGCCUGGUGCGCAACCGUUGGAUCCGCGAUGACGAAGAAACGCGGGAUAAGAUCGUCGCCGCUGUCACCCCCGACCGCAUCAAGAAGACCGGGUAUCUCCUCGUCGACGCGGACUGGGACCUUGACUACGACGCUAUGAUCAACGCACAUGCGCUGGUCGACGCCCGCAAGGACGACGGCAUCCCUCUGGACACCUUCCGGACGGCUGUGCUCGUCAACACCGACGCCGAUGGCUGGCUGAUCUGGUACGUUGGCGACGAGGAUUCGGCGGAGGGCCGCGUGCGGACCGCCCAACGCGACCAGAUCCUGGCUUUCCGCGAUAAACUGGCGGCCAUGGGGAAGGAGGACCUGUUUUUCCGGUGGGUGGAGUUGAUUCAAUAUGAGAGCACCCGGCCGGGCGGGUUCACGCCGGAACGCCAGCAGUCUGCCAUGGUGCAAGCGAAGCAGCUUUUUGAGGAUGCCGGUGUGGAUUUUGGGCGCUUUUGGCAGGAAGUGGGUGGGAUGGAAGGCUUUGCAGAUGAGCUUGAUUAG